GAAAGCUGUUAAGAAUUUGCACAGGGAUGCUGACUCCUCCGAGCGGGUCCUCAUGGACAUGCGCUGGGGCCUGGUUCCCUCCUGGUUCAAAAAGGAUGACCCCUCCAAAAUGCCGUUUAAUACCUCCAACUGCCGCAGCGAUACCAUGCUGAAGAAGUCCUCCUACAAGGGUGCUCUCCUCAAGGGCAAGCGCUGCGUGGUCCUGGCAGAUGGCUUCUACGAGUGGCAGCAGCAGAGUGGGGGGAAGCAACCCUAUUUCAUUUACUUCCCCCAGACCAAGGACACUGUGGAUGAGGGGAAGGAGGGAGAUGAGGAAUGGAGAGGAUGGAGGUUGCUCACCAUGGCUGGGAUUUUUGACUGUUGGGAACCACCGGCGGGAGGAGAAAUGCUGUACACUUACACCAUCAUCACCGUGGAUGCCUCCAAGGACGUGAGCUUCAUCCAUCACAGGAUGCCAGCCAUCCUGGAUGGGGACGAGGCCAUCAGGAAAUGGCUGGACUUUGCUGAAGUGCCAACACAAGAAGCAGUUAAACUCAUCCAGCCCACAGAGAACAUCGUUUUCCACCCAGUGUCCACCUUUGUCAACAGCGUCCGCAACAACACACCCGAGUGUCUUGCACCCAUUGAACUGGGAGCCAAGAAGGAGAUCAAAGCCACCCCAAGCAACAAAGUGAUGCUGGGCUGGUUAAAAAACUCCCAGGAAGGCUCUCCUCAGAAGAAAGAAAAUGAAUUGCCCAGGUGGACAAGUCAGUUCAUCCACAGCCCUUCUCCCAAGAAAAGCAGCGCAAACAUCCUGCAGCAGUGGCUGGGGAAGGAGGGGGAGCCGGCUGCGAAGAAGCGCAAGGCUUAG